GAUUUUGAUUGGUUCAAUGAUUUCAAGCGAUAUUUUUAAAAAAUUCCAACUUAAGGUUUCUUUUAAGCACUUUUAGAAAUCCCCUGAAACUAAUAAUUGGUGAUUUAAUUCAUAAAAGACAAAACUGAUUAAAAGUGGCUGAAGGUACUAGCACUUCCGGUGCACGUGUUGGCUGGAGCACGCAUCAUCCGGAAAACUGGACUACAGAGCAAGUGCAAGAAUGGCUGAUCUUCACUGCGGAAAGGUUUUCCUUCCCCGCGGAGGUCAGGGUCAAGGUCAGCGAGACGUUUGCUUCCAUAGGCGGCCGAGAGCUGAUGUCGUUUACUCUACACGACUUCCGGCGUCUCUAUGGUGAACUAGGGGAGAUAAUCUAUACAUUGCUUCAGCAGAUUCUGGAUAUUUCACCGGGACAUGAAGAACGAUCUUACGCCUAUACGUUACGAGUCAACGCUUUACUUGAAACGUUGACGUCAAAGCGGAAACAAACCACGCCACCUAUUUGGAAAAUGAUUGACGUCAGACAAUGGACAGCCAAUGAAACAGCAGAAUGGCUCGCGCAUGCGUGCGAAGACUUUGAAAUUCCUCCAGAGGAGCGAGAGAUUCUUUCUGAGAAACUGGCAUACCUCACCGGCCAUGACCUUCAACAAAUGAGCAAAACAGACUUCCAGAUAAUCAGUUACCGUCAUGGCAGCUACCUCUACGGUCAUUUCCAUGGGAACAUGGCGUCAGGUAAGCGGCGGCGAUUGUCGGAAUAAAUAAAUGACCGGGAAGCGAGUAAAUCUUCGACAUACAGGACAUUUCAAGUCACAACAUUAUACAGACUAAAGUUCAGACAACAAUUUCCCUUCAGUAUCUAGCUACAUCAAUUCCAUCAAACUGACUUGUAUCUACGGCUAUUCUAUCAACGUGACAUGUAUUUACGACUAUUCUACAAAAUCUACUUGUUUCUACGACUAUUCUACUGAAGUGACCUCUACUACGACUAUUCGACAAAAAUGACUUAUAUCUACGACUGUGAUAAGAAGUGGCAUGUAUAUACAACUAUUCUACAAAAGCGACUUGUGUCUAUGACUAUUUUACAGAAGUGACUUAUAUCUGCAAGUGUUCUACAAAAAGAACUUGUUUCUACGACUAUUCUAUACAAUUGACUCGUAUCUACGACUAUUUUACAGAAUUGACUUAUAUCUACAAAUUUUAUACAAAAAGAACUUGUUUCUACACCUAUUCUAUACAAUUGACUUGUAUCUACGACUAUUUUACAGAAGAGACUUAUAUCUUCAAAUAUUAUACAAAAAGAACUCGUUUCUACGAAUUUUCUACAAAAGCGACUUGUCUCUAUUUUACCAAAAUGACUUGUAUCUACGACUAUUCUACAGAUGCGACUGUUACACUUCCAUUGCAACAAACAGAAUCUUUAAUGUUAUGACCAAUCCACCAAAGUGACUAAUGCUAAGACGUUCCAACCAAAUUAACUAAUUCACCAAAGCAACAAGUGGUAUGACAUUUCAACCAAAGUAACUAUUGCUUGGACUAUUCCUCCAAAGUGAAUAUAUCGUCGACUUUUCCUCUACAUUGACUGCAUUUUCGACUAUUAAUUAAUAUUGUCAUGUAAAGUCACUUAUACCUACGACUAACCAACAAAUGUGACUGCUUCUUCGACUGUUAUUACAAAGUGGAUUGAUCUACGAAUAGCCUACCUAUUUGACCGUAUCUACGACUAGUACAUCCUUUGUGACCGUAUCUACGACUAGUCCCCCUAUGUGACCGUAUCUACGACUAGUCCACCUAUGUGACCGUAUCUACGACUAGUACACCUAUGUGACCGUAUCUACGACUAGUCCACAUAUGUGACUGUAUCUACGACUAGUCCACCUAUGUGACCGUAUCUACGACUAGUCCCCCUAUGUGACCGUAUCUACGACUAGUCCAUCUAUUUGACCGUAUCUACGACUAGUCCACCUAUUUGACCUAUCAACGACGAGUCCACCAAUGUGACCGUAUCUACGAAAAGUCCACCUUUGUGACCGUAUCUGCGACUAGUCCACCUUUAUGACCAUAUCUACGACUCUUUCACCAGAGUGACUCUGUCUGUGGUUCAAUAGAAUGUCCCACUCUUGUUGUUUUCACAUCGACAACAUGCAGUCGCCGCUGAACCAACUGAAUGAACCAAGCUGCUCGCCGAAACAAAUGCCUCUAUUUAUUUUGGAACCGGAAGUGAAACAUAUCUUGAUUAGUAAUAAAUGUGUUCAAGAAAACACGAUUCGGGAAAAGUGCAAUAUUUUUUUAAGUGUUAAUGUAUUCAUAUCUUUUUCUUUGGUGUGUAAAAACACAUACAUCCGAUAAUAAUUCAUAAACAUGUGCAUACUCUGUUUGAAAAUAUACUCUCAUAAAAGUUCCAAAUGUC